GACCAGGAAUACAUUCACGUUCCCCGAGCUCUAGAAAAAACACCUCCAACUCACUUCAAUGUGAAAACUCCACAAUUAAACAGGCUAGAGGGGGGGAAAUAAGCGGACAAAAGACGCUUUCGUAUUUUUUUACGCACCAACCGUGUAGAAAGCAAUAACGGAAUACAAGGGGACAGACCGAUUCAGUCAAUACUUCAAUACUGUUAUGAAGCGAGAAUGAGUAGCGCAGAAGACAGCGGGAGCAAGUGCUCGUCGGGCCCGAUUUCCAGCUUUACCAUCCAGUCUAUUUUAGGCACGCCUUCCGAUGAGCCUCGCUCCGGGACCAAGGAGCUCUCCAAGGGGCCGCCGCCGCCGCCGCGGAGGCGCUCGCUGUCGGUGUCCUCCGAGGAGGAGUGCAGCGGCGGGGAAGAUUCGGCAGAUUGUUUUUGCUCCGACACGGGUCACAGCGAUCCGUGCACCCAGCACCAAGCCCAUAACUUCUGUUUAGGUCCCGCUAAAGGACUUCUGUCCGGAAACGACGGGCUCGCACGGCGGCCGCACCUGUCACAACCUCUGCUGCAGGAUUACAAGGAGGAGCAGGAGAGACCGUGCCAUCAAAUGUCACCUCUGUCGGAGGAGAGACAGACAGACGGUGCGGACAAGCAGGGCAACUCGGCCAAGAAGAAGACGCGCACGGUUUUCUCCCGGAGUCAGGUGUACCAGCUGGAGUCCACCUUCGACAUGAAGCGCUACCUGAGCAGCUCGGAGCGGGCCUGCUUAGCGUCCAGCCUGCAGCUGACGGAGACUCAGGUCAAGACGUGGUUUCAGAACAGGAGGAACAAAUGGAAACGGCAGCUCUCAGCUGAACUGGAGGCGGCCAACAUGGCCCACGCCUCCGCACAGACACUAGUGGGGAUGCCGCUGGUUUUCAGAGAUAACUCCUUACUGCGCGUACCAGUUCCCCGGUCUAUCGCCUUUCCGACGCCCCUGUAUUACCCGGGGAGCAACCUGCCAGCAUUACCUUUAUACAACCUGUAUAACAAAAUCGACUAUUGAUUGACUCUACUGUAUGUUCACCACGGCAGCCCACGUAAAAAACGCAUUACAAAACAACGUUCUUCUAGUGUCUCCACAUAAACCCUGUAUUAUAUUAAUGGUAUCACUUUAUUUGUUAAGAACAUUUCUUAUUAUGCAGUAACUGUAUGUCUCACAAAAAAGCAAUCAAGCUAUAUGUAUAAAAUACACCAUGUGUAUAAUUAAUUAUAACAAUUUUGUACUUUUAUUUCCCUGACAAAAUAUUGCAGUUAAACCUUCAUAUCACAUUCAAGAAGACUUGGCCCAAAAAACACCUGCUUUCCCAAGUUUUUAUUCACACUUGGUUUGUCAGACAUAUUAUAAAAAGGAUCAGUUAUUUUAUUUCACAGCACUGACAGGAAACACACACAAUUCUUCCAUUUAAGGAGAAAAUAUCAUUGUUUCUAUUGUAAUUUAGACCUUCAGUAAUAAUAACCUUCUCAUUCAAUAAAUUUUCUAUUUCAGUGAAAAUUGGGCUCGCUUGUUUUUCUUUCUUUUUUUUUUUUGUCUUAGGCAGUUUUCAAUCAAUUUCUAUUUAUUUUUUGCAAGGCUGAUGUGUUAAAUUCCCGAGGAGCACACACACCUUGUCUACAAUUUAAUUUUUAAGGCAUAUAUUUAUUAUAUGAAUUAUCACAGCAAUUUAACUGUUUUAAACUAAUUAUUGGUGUAAAUUAAGAUAAAAUCACAGUGUUUACAUUUUGGUUCUUACCUCAUUUAACUGAAUGAGUCUGAGACUUUUUGAUGGGUGCAUUUCAAUCCAGGAAAUAUGGCUAUGGGUAUGAAAUGUGAUGCAGUCUU